AUGUCAAGAGAGGGGCCAAUUAUUCAAGCAUGCUUGAUCUUACCCAGAGUAGCUUCAAAUCUGGAACUCAAUGCAGCUGAACUUGUAAAUGGAGAAAAAAUUGCAAAGUUCAUCACAGGAGGAAAGUUGCUAGAUUCAGAUUCUAGGUGUUUCGAGGCAUAUUGCUGUGAACCAUUGAAGAUGAGAAUGGGUAAAUAUUCUGUUUCCCAAGUGUAUUGUGAGAACAUAUCAACUCACUCAGCAGUUAUUCAUAUGGUUGUUGUACCUGGUAAUCUCCAUCACAAUUCACAACAGUUGGUUUAUGGACACAAUUGUGAACUUGAUGGAAAGCAUUCAGGUGUUGAAGAUGAGACAUUCUUGAGUCCCGGUUUUGACAGCUAA